AUGCACGCCGUCAAUCUCCACGCGAGACACGAUCCAGAGCAGCGCGUGUCGGUGCGGCAAUAUGAGGACAGGUACCCCAAUAUCAAGGCGUACAACUUCUCGGUCCCGAUUGACCAUUUUCACAACGAAUCGAGGUACGAGCCGCACUCGGGCGAUUCGUUUCCCCUGCGAUAUUGGCUCGACAUCUCCAACUACAAGCCUGGGGGCCCCGUCAUUGUCCUGCACUCUGGCGAAUUUGACAGCACUGAGCGACUGCCUUAUCUUCAGCAUGGAAUCGUGCCAAUCCUGACAAAGGCGACGGGAGGAGUCGGUCUCAUCAUGGAGCAUCGAUACUACGGCACCAGCUUCCCUGUCCCUGACCUUACAACGGAAAGUCUGCGCUUCCUCACGACGGAACAAGCUCUCGCAGAUACUGCCUACUUUGCAAAGCACGUUCGGUUCCCCGGUCUGGAGCAUCUUGAUCUUACGGCUUCCAAAACGCCUUGGGUCAUAUACGGGGGUAGUUAUGCUGGCGCCUUUGCAGCAUUCGCUCGCAAGCUAUACAGCGAGGUCUUCUGGGGCGCUAUUUCAUCUUCAGGCGUCACGGCUGCCGUCGAAGACCUGUGGCAAUACUUUGAGGCCGCGAGACGAUACGCUCCAGGGGACUGCGGCCCUACCACGCAGAAGCUUACUCAUGUUGUUGAUACCGUCCUCUUUGGCGACGACAGGGCCAAGGUACUCGGCUUCAAGCAACUAUUUGGCCUGGGGGAUCUCGACGAUGACGACUUUGCCACCACCAUCACCCGCGGCCUCUAUGGACUGCAGUCCACCAAUUGGGACCCCGAAGAGGACGUCUCCUCCCUUGGGAUUUACUGUGCAGUCGUCACUUCGAACUUUCAGCUGUUUGCAAGCACGACUCACCUCAUUCCGACCGUGCAGGAUCUCGUUGCCAAAGCCGGCUUUGCAGCGGAGGCCGAGGUUCUCUCUGUUCGCAUGCUCAACUACAUCGGCUAUGUCAGGGAUUACGUCAAAACUGAUCUGGCGAAAGGCUGCAAGGGGAAAUCAGUGUCGGAAUGCUUCUCUCCUCGCUAUUCGACCCCCAAUGAUACGAGUCUCAACGCCGGAUGGCUCCGUAGCUGGAGUUGGCAGGUCUGCACACAAUGGGGAUAUUUUGUCACUGGCUCAGGUACGCCCAGGGACCAGCUUCCAAUGAUCUCUCGAGCCAUCACCCUCGAAUCCGCAUCAUCGCACUGCAAAAGACUUUUCAACAUCACCACCUCCCCGGACGUUGAGUCUAUCAAUAAGCUAGGGGGCUUCAACUUUAGCUACCCUCGCUUGGCGAUUUUGGACGGCCUACAGGAUCCAUGGCGCUCGGCCACGCCCCACGCCAGUGGCCUUCCCGACCGAGAGUCAACCACCAGCGAGCCGUUUAUGCUCAUUGACUGGGGGGUGCACCACUGGGACGAGUUUGGCUUGCCCGAGGACGUGCACGUCGAGGGUCUGCCGCCGCCUCAAGUUGCUGAAGCCCACAUGGCAGAGAUUGAGUUCGUUAAGGCAUGGUUGGCGGACUGGAAAGAAGAAAAUGGAAUAUCAAUGUUGCAAUCGAUGGACGAGGAAGAAACGAUGGGUGAAUUGUAA